AUGGCUGCGACGUCUCUCGUCGACGCGUUAAAGUCCGCCGCUCUUCGCAUUUUUGACUCCGCGUCUCCCGCCGUGCUGGCCAGUGCAGGGCUUUCCAAUCACACCAGCGACCCCAGCUCGUCCUGGUCCGCACCCGCCUCUCUCCAUCGCGCCACGUCAGCACUCUGGUCGUCUGCUAUCAACCGAACCGGUGCGGGAAACCCGGGUUCGUGCGCCGAAUGGGCCAGUGGAAACGGAUCGACCGCUUUUAAAAGCUCCUCGGGGUCCUUUCCCGCCGCUUGGUCCUUCGAUACCUCCUCCUACCCCUCCUUAACGUCGUCCCUUGCGCACGCUGCACGUUGCGGCUAUUCUCGUCGAGUCGCGGAGGCGCAGCAAGGCGGGAUCUUGGCGCCAUGGCAGAUCGCGGCUCUCGCCUGCGGUGUGGUUUUCCUCGUGCUCGCGCGCUCGCUCUCGCUCACCGUACGCUUGCGCCGAGUCCUGCAGCCGUUUGUAACGCGUAUGGUGGAGCGAGGCACGGCGACGGUCGUUAGCAUUCAGCGCUACCGGCGGCCAUGGCUGGACGCGUUCAUGUCGUUCAUGGCUAUGGCGGUCUCCGUGGAGUUUUACACCGCCUUUCUCCCCGUCCUCUUCUGGUCCGGCAGGCCGUAUCUCGCCUCGCUGGCGGUGUUGCUGCUCGCUCUCUGCACGUACGCAGGGAACGCGCUCAAGGACGUGGUGGCGGCGCCGCGGCCGCUCUCCCCGCCAGCGCAGCGGGUCACGGGGACGCACAUGGACGCGCAGAGCAGCUUCGAGUUCGGCCUGCCCUCCUCGCACACCAUCAACACCAUCGCACUCUCCCUCUAUCUGCUGCUCUUCCUGUACCUGAGGGAAGGCAUGAGCGUCUCUGCGCUGCUCCCCCUGGCCACAGUCGUGCUGGUUGUGGUGGUUAUUGUCGUCGCUGGCCGCCUGUACCUGGGCAUGCAUUCGCCCAUCGACCUGGCAGCGGGCAUGGCCAUAGGAGUGGCCAUGCCGCUGCUGCUGCUGUGUGUCGACAUGCACAUCCUGCACUUCUGGAUACAUGGGCCCAACGUGCUGCUCUUCCACGCCUGCCUGGCGGUGCUGCAGCUGUUCGCCUACCCCACGCCCCCCCGCCCCACGCCCAGCUACGAGGACCACAAUGCCUUCACCGGUGUCAUUCUCGGCCUCGUCUCAAGCUACCAUCUGAGGCUCCCUGGUCUGGGUCCGCACUACCUCGCACUGCCCCUUCCCGGCGACUCCCUCUCUCUCUCCUCCGCCAUCACCAUCGCCGCGAGAGCCCUCAUAGGCCUGCCUCUCGCGCUGCUUAUGAAGGAAAUCGGCAGCGCUACAGCCAAGCAGGUGCUGCCGCUGCUCUGCCGCACCCUCGGAAUUCCUGUGUUCUCCACGCGAUAUGUUAAGGGGCUGCGCCGGGUGGGUGGCAGCAUGCAUAGGGUGGGGAGUGCACCUGGUGGCAUUACGGGCAUGCGCAAGGUUGGGAGUGUGUGUGGGCUUGCUGGUGAGGGGAGGGGUGGGGAGGCGGAGGGGAAGGGGCCUGCUAUGGGGAGCUGUGGGGGGGGGGUGUUCUGUCAGGAGUUAGACGAGGAUGAGGUCUCGGUGCCUUGGGCUGUCGGUGGGAGCAGUGACGUGGAUGCUGGCGCUGCUGCUGCUGCCGCUGCUGUUGCUGGUGCUGCUGCAACUACUGUAAAUGCUCCUACUCCUGCCCCUGUUCCUGUUCCUGUUCCUGCUGCUGCUGCUGCUGCUGCUGCUGCGGCUGUUGCCACUGCGGCUGCAGAGAGGAGUGCACGUGAGAAGAAGGGUCUGUGGAAGAGGGCGAGCAGGAUGAGGAAGAGUGAGUCAGCAGUGUCUUUUGCUGCCAGUGCCGCAGCUCACGCCAAGUCAACUUCUGCUGGUGCAGCCAGGUCCGCAGCCAAAGCGCAAUCAUGGGGCACGUUUGCAUCAGCCAAAGGUGCUGCCACUGGUGGUAAAGCGACAGCAGAAGCAGCAGCAGUAACUCCAAAACCAGCAAAAGCAGUGGUGCAUCAGUUUGAUGUUGACACGGGUAUUCGUCUUUGUGCCUAUAUGUGCCUGGCCUGGUCUCUUGGAGGCCUGGCUCCCAUUGUCUUCCACGCUGUUGGUGUUUGA